CAAUGUGACCGCCACAACCGCCAUGUCACUGCUUUAAGCCUCUCAAACUAUCAAAUAUCCGGCCAAUUGGGUCCCGAAUUAGCCAACUUAACUCGUCUCGAAUCGAUUGAUCUUAGCUACAAUUCCUUCUCCGGCUCCAUUCCCUCCAAUUUGGACAAUUGCACUCUUCUUCAAGAACUUGAUCUCUCCAACAACUACUUUUCCGGCUCUAUCCCAGUUACUCUUGGGAAAUUGCAAACUUUAAACUUCCUGGCCCUGCAAUUCAACUCCCUAACAGGCUCGAUUCCAAUGGGUCUGUUUCGAAUUCCACAAUUAGAUGUUCUUUAUCUGAAUUCCAACCAACUUCAAGGUUCAAUCCCGGUAACAGUUGGGAAUGCUACCAUGUUGUCUUCAUUUUGGUUUUCGUGGCGAAAUUCCUACCGAUCUUAGCAACUGCAGAUCCCUGGUGAACCUAAGUCUGUUGGAGAAUCAACUUCAGGGGGAAAUUCCUAGUGGAUUCGGAAACCUGCAAAAUUUACGCAAUUUCUUCUUAUAUUCAAAUAGAUUAACAGGUCAAUUACCCACAAACUUCUGGAAGAUUCCCAGCCUUGAAAAUGUUCUAGUUUACAACAAUUACCUUUCAGGUGAGCUGCCUUCUGAGAUGUCUGAAUUGAAGCAAUUGAGAAACGUUUCUUUGUUUAAUAACGGGUUUUCUGGUGUCAUACCUUACGAAUUAGGAGUAAAUUCCAAUUUGACGCAGCUCGACUUUACUAAUAACUCAUUCACAGGUGAAAUUCCUCCAAAUCUUUGUUUGAACAAGCAGUUGAAGAGGUUGAAUAUGGGUUUUAACUUUCUUCAAGGCAGCAUACCUCCAGAUGUAGGACUCUGUUCUAGCCUGACCAGACUUAUACUCAAAGAAAACAACCUUUCUGGAGUUGUUCCAUUUUUCGUGGAAAACAAAAACCUUUUAUACAUGAAUCUUGGUGGUAAUAGCUUGUCGGGCAUGAUUCCUUCCAGCUUGGGGAACUUAUCUGGCAUUACAGAGAUUGAUUUUUCAAUGAACAAGUUGACGGGUGUUGUGUCAUCUGAAUUAUUUGGAAACAUGGUUAAUCUUGGAAGAUUGAAUAUUUCUUACAAUCGGUUGGAAGGUUUGUUGCCAUCUUAUCAACUGUCAAACUGUACUGAAUUGUUUGACCUUGAUUUGAGUUACAAUCUUUUCAAUGGCUCUAUACCCUCUUUUGCUUUUAGAAGCUUGAAGAAGUUGUCGACACUGAAUCUCAAUGGUAACAAACUAGUUGGAGGUCUUCCUGCUUUUUUGUUAUUUGAAAUUGAUUCCCUUUUAAAUCUGCAGUUGGGCGGGAAUAUGUUGGGUGGGAGCUUUCCUUCGUACGAAAUGGAAGCAACACAACAUCAUUUGAAAAGACUAAAUGUUAGCUGGAAUGGUAUGACAAGUGAGAUUAAGGAACUAGGAAGAUUGAGUGAAUUGGAGGAGUUGGACAUAUCUCACAACAGUUUGACAGGAACUUUGUCUUACAUUGGUGGAACCGGGCCCAAGUUAGUUAAACUGAAUGUUUCUUACAACCAUUUCAGUGGCCAGAUACCCGAAACAUUGUUGAAGGUUCCCAAUUCAUUCCCUUAUUCUUUUGUUGGGAAUUCAGGUCUUUGUUUGAUAUGUCUUCUUCCUACAAUCAACAACUCAAGUUGCCAUGAAAAUCCCAUAUUAAAGUCUUGCAGCCAGAAAACACCUUCUUCUUCUACUAAUAGUACUACUAAAAUUGCUUUGAUAGCUAUUGGAUCGUCAGUUGUUCUCAUCAUCAUCCUUGUAGGAUGUUUCAUGUGUUUCUUUCAGAGGAAGAGGAAGAACCGAGAUGAUAGUAACUUGGUAGAUGAAGAAGAGGGUGCAUCCUCUGAACUGAAUAGAAUAAUGUUAGCUACUGAGAAUCUGGAUGAUAAAUACUUGAUUGGAAAAGGCGCUCAUGGAAAGGUAUAUAAAGUUUCCCUCCCAAAUCCAGAUCAUGUUAAACAAGAGGGUGUGGUGCAUUAUGCUGCAAAGAAGCUGGUUUUUUCAGGAUCAAUAAGAAAAAGUAUGGUGAGGGAGAUCGAGACAGUUGGGAGGGUGAGGCAUAGAAACCUCGUGAAGUUGGAAAAUUUCUGGUUGAGAAAGGAAUACGGUUUGAUCUUAUACCAAUAUAUGGAAAACGGAAGCCUUCAUGAUGUGCUCCAAGAGAUAAGUCCACCUCGGAACUUGGAGUGGAAUGAACGUUAUAGAAUUGCAAUUGGAGUAGCUAAUGGAUUGUCGUAUCUUCACCACGAUUGUGAUCCUCCGAUAGUGCAUAGGGAUAUCAAACCAAUGAAUAUAUUGUUGGAUUUGGACAUGGAGCCUCAUAUAUCUGAUUUUGGCAUAGCCAAGCUUCUUCUUCUUGAUCAUGAUCAAUCCACAGCCCCAAUUCAAUCCAAUGCAGUUCUAAGCACAAUUGGCUAUAUAGCACCAGAAAAUGCAUUUAGCAUCAACAACUUUAGCACAAAAUCAGAUGUGUAUAGUUUUGGAGUGGUCUUAUUGGAGUUGAUAACAAGAAAGAAGCUUCAUGGUAUUUCCCAUCAUUUUGCAAGUUGUGUGGGGCGUCAUCACGACUGUUGCAGACGGUUGGGCGGUGUGGAGGAAAGCUCCUUUCCACAAUCGCGGCAACGUGACUUUGGGCCUCAUUAUUGAUUGGGGGACAUUACUGUUAUCGCUCGCAGCGGCUGCCAUAUCGUCCGACAUGCUGGACCUUUACAUCCAUGACCGCGGUAAUAAGAAGGAGGAUGUAAGGAUGUUCCAGGCCUACAUUGUCUUGACGUUUUUGGCAUGGAUUCCGAC